AUGGGGCUGGAUACUAUAGUCAAGAAUGGACUCAUGGUCACAGAGAGUGGCGUGCUUCCGGCUGGGCAAGACAUCGGAAUCUCUAAAGAAAAGAUCUCCCUUAUAGGAUAUGAUCUUCCAGAGAAUCCCGAAACAAAGAUCAUCGAUGCCCAAGGGGCAUACAUUACACCUGGAGGUGUCGACUCGCAUGUUCAUCUUGCGCAGAGAAAUGCGCCGACGGGCGACACCUGGGAGACAGGGACUCGUAGCGCUGUUGCUGGGGGCACCACGACCGUGCUUGCCUUUGUUUCUCAGACAAAAGAAAUGACGACUCUGUUCCCUGUUCUUGAGGAGUAUCAUGGCAAGUCCCGGAAUCAAAGCUACUGCGACUAUGGAUUCCAUUUUAUCCUCACCAAUCCCACCGAGACGAUUCUCAACCAAGAACUACCGGUGAUCGCAAAGGAAGAAGGAAUCACGAGCGUCAAGCUGUACAUGACCUAUGACUUGUACCAGUUAUCGGAUAAGCAGCUGCUUGAAACUUUAUUGGCAUGCCGGUCAUUGGGACUGACCACCAUGAUUCACGCCGAGAACGGGGAUAUGAUCAACUUCCUGAUUCAAGGCCUUGAAAGGAACGCAAACACAGCCCCAUUUUUUCACGCAAUUUCGGGGCCAAAGAUCGCAGAGGAUGAGGCUUCUUAUCGGGCUAUCCGAAUUGCAGAGCUGGUUGAUGCUCCAGUAUUGCUGGUCCAUGUAUCUUCGGAUGGUGCUAUGAAACACAUUAGAGAUGCCCAGACCAGGCUCCUCCCUAUCCAUGCAGAGACCUGUCCUCAUUAUCUAUUCUUACUUUCGGACAGACUGGCAAAUGAGGAGCAUGAUCAUUUCCACGGAGCCAAGGGGGGUUUGCUCGCCUCCACUUCGUCAUCACCCUGA